UGUGUAUAUAAUGCUUUGGAAAAAUAUACGUUUAUCAUUCAACUUCAUUGCUUAUCUUAGCGGGAACCAUGAGGUGGUCUGUAUUGCUAACUGUGAGUCUCUGCAUGCUUCUGUUGGAGGUUGUCCCCUCAUCAGACGCCAGGGUCACAAUCCCGCAGCAAGGUGGAAUGUAUGGCAAAAGGGAUGUGAGUGCAGAAUUGGAACGAAUUGCCGCUAUGAACAGUCAAGACUCGAACUUCGACGAGGUAAGGGAUCCACAAAGUAUAUAACGAAGAAGCAGCUCACUUCGUUGUGUCGGCCCUCUGAACCCACCUUCUACUUGUUUCCACUUUACCUUGUUCCAUGAACAUUGUGAAUAAUACUGUUUAUUGAA